AAGAGAUUCAGUCUAGUUAUUUCAAUCCGCCAUUCUACAAAAACAACAAUGGCAACUCAUUCUUCUUCCUCUGUCAAACUGCCCUUCUAUCUCCUCCUCCUCCUCCUCUCGUCCAUGGCAUCUUCUCCAGCCCUUGCCCAACUCUCCGUCUCCUUCUACGCCACCACCUGCCCUUCUGUCUUCGACACGGUUCGCGCCUCUGUGAGGUCCGCCGUCAGCAGGGAGCCUCGCAUGGGCGCCUCCCUCAUUCGCCUCUUCUUCCACGACUGCUUCGCCGGCGGCUGUGACGGAAGCAUCCUUUUGGAUGGUGCCGAUGGAGAGAAGACGGCAGCGCCCAACGUCAACUCGGUUAGAGGGUAUGAGGUCAUCGAUGCCAUCAAGGCCCGACUCUCCACAGCCUGCGGCGGCAACGUCGUCUCCUGUGCAGACAUCGUCGCCAUUGCUGCUCGCGAUUCUGUCGUAGAAUUGGGAGGACCGUCGUACGGUGUGCCGGUGGGGAGGAGAGAUUCAACAACAUCCAACAAAGACGGUGCCGAGAGGGAUCUUCCUGGCUUCUUCGAGAACUUGGAUGCCAUUAUCGCCAAAUUCGCCAGAAAGGGAUUCACAGCGAGGGAGAUGGUCGCCCUCUCCGGCGCCCACACCGUGGGUCAAGCUCAGUGCGCAACGUUCCGAGACCGCAUCUACAACGAGACCAACAUCGACCCAACAUUCGCGUCCAUGAGACAGGCCAACUGCCCCAGAUCUUCCGGCCAAGGAGACGGGAACUUGGCUCCGUUGGACUCCCAGAGCCCCAACCGCUUCGGCAACAACUACUUUCAGGAGUUGACGAACAGGAGAGGACUCCUCCACUCCGACCAAGUUUUGUUUAAUGGUGGUUCCACCGAUUCCAUAGUGACUCUUUACAGCAGUAACCCAACUGCAUUUGCUACCGAUUUCGCCAAUGCCAUGGCGAAGAUGGGGAACCUUGGUGUGCUCACUGGAGCCCAAGGCCAAAUUAGAGUUGACUGCAAGAGGGUCAACUGAAGAAGAAUACUAAGCCUCUUCUUCUUUGCUGGUUGCCCUUCGUUUUAUGUCGGUUUGAUAUGUAAUUUCGUGUCAUGGUAGCAAGAUUAAUCUUGUUAUGAAGUGAUUAAGAAUUCUGAUUAUAUGUGGAAGUGAAAGGUGUAUGGUAGCCACUCAUUUAAACAUGUCAUAAUGAUGAUAGCCCAAAAAAACUUU